AUGGCUACCAAACUCUCACUGUCAGAGGAGGAUGUCUCCUGCCCUGUGUGCUGUGACAUCUUCAAGGAUCCUGUUGUCCUGUCAUGUAGUCACAGUGUCUGUAAAGUUUGUCUGCAGAAGUUCUGGAAUAAUGAAGGAUCCAAGGAGUGUCCAAUCUGUAGGAGAAGAUCAUCCAGAGAUGACCCUCCCCGUAACCUUGUGUUAAAGAACCUGUGUGAGCCUUUCUUACAGGAGAGAAGUCAGAGAACUUCAGCAGGGUCUGAGGAGUUCUGCAGUCUGCACAGUGAGAAACUCAAACUCUUCUGUCUGGAUGAUAAACAGCCCGUGUGUUUGGUAUGUCAGGCUUCAAAGAAACACACAAAUCACAAAUUCCGUCCAAUAGCUGAAGCUGCACUUGAUAACAGGGAGGAACUUAAGACUGCACUGAAACCCUUACAGGUGAAACUGAAGAUCUUUGAAAAAGUCAAACUGGCUUGUGAUCAAACAGCAGAGCACAUUAAGACUCAGGCCAAACACACAGAGAGACAGAUCAAAAAACAGUUUGAGAAGCUUCAUCAGUUUUUACGAGAUGAACAGGCAGCCAGGAUAGCUGCACUGAGGGAGGAAGAGGAGCAGAAGAGUCAGAUGAUGAAGGAGAAGAUUGAGGAGAUGAGUAGAGAGAUAUCAUGUCUUUCAGACACAAUCAGAGCCAUAGAGGAGGAGAUCAAAUCUGAAGACAUCUUAUUCCUGAAGAACUUUGAGGCCACAAAGAAAAGAGCCCAGUGCACACUGCAGGAUCCACAGACAGUUUCAGGAGCACUGAUCCAUGAGGCAAAGCACCUGGGCAACCUGAAGUUCAGAGUGUGGGAGAAGAUGCAGGAGAUCGUUCAAUACACUCCUGUCAUUCUGGACCCCAACACUGCACAUCCACAACUCAUCCUGUCUGAGGAUCUGACCAGUGUGAGAUUCAGCGAUGAGAGACAGCAACUUCCUGAUAAUCCAGAGAGAUUUGAUACAUGUGUAUUUGUCCUGGGCUCUAAGGGUUUUAACUCAGGGACACACUGCUGGGAUGUUGAUGUGGAGAAUAAUGCAUUAUGGUACGUGGGUGUGGCCACAGAGUCAGACCAGAGAAAGGGCGAUGCAGUCUGGAGUGGAAUCUGGCGUGUGUGGUAUGUGAGUCAGAACUACUGGUCAUGGUCCUCAGAACAGCCUUUCAAUCUCCUCACAUUUGAUGAGAAACUCCAGAGGAUCAGAGUGCAGCUGGACUGGGACAGAGGAAAAGUGUCAUUUUCUGACCCUCUGACUAACACACACAUCCACACUUUCACAUGCACUUUCACUGAGAGAAUGUUUCCACUUUUUGGUAACAUCUGUAAUCUCUCUCCUCUGAGGAUCUUACCAGUGCAGUGUUGUGUUAGAGGCGAACAGCACAGUUAG